AUGGGUAAUUUACUACGGCAGCGACUUCAAGCUGAGGGUUUUGCAUUCCAGAAUAUUGGUUUGGAUUAUGCUGGUCCAAUACAAUGUGCUGUUAGACAGGGUCGAGGUUGUAAAUUGGUAAAGGUUUAUAUAGCCAUUUUUGUAUGCUUUGCGACCAAAUCAAUACAUCUUGAAUUAGUCGGUGAUUUAACCAGCAAAACUUUCAUCAUGGCGUUAAAGAGAUUCAUCUCGCGUAGAGGUAAACCAAUCAAUAUUUAUUCGGAUAAUGGUACCUCGUUUGUUGGUGCUGCCAAUGAACUCUCAAAAUUUUUAAAGACGAACUGCAGCGCCUUGUCUGAGGAAAUGGCUCAGGAGGGAAUUAAUUUUAACUUUAUACCUGCAUACUCUCCUCAUUUCGCUGGCCUUGCCGAGGCUGGUGUUAAGUCUACCAAGCAUCAUUUGAUCAGGGUUUUGGGUCUCUGUAAUCUAACAUAUGAAGAACUUUAUACUACGCUGGUACAGAUAGAAGCUAUCUUACUCCAGACCACUGACCCCCCUGUCAUCGAACCGUGA